AUGAGCGCAGGAGAGUCAUUCCAAAUCGAGAUUCCAAAUUUCGAAGAAGAUGAAGACUACGGGAACCUGAUCACUCCCAUGCCGCAUGGGCACCACCGACCGUUCUUCGACUCCGACUCUCCGCUUCCUAGUGCAGGAUCAUUUGGCGGUGGGGCUUGGGCAGCGGAUGACUCUCCUUCUGGACCGGUAGGCCGUUUCCCACCCAGGCACGGGAGAGGGGACUCGGUAUCGAGCGAUAUGUCACUGCAUUCGCUCUCUUCGCGCUCCGUCAGGUCCCCCCCUGCUCUCACUCCGGCAUCGACAAGUUCUACCUCCCUCCCACGUCUCCAGGGCCACGCGAGCAGCAGCAGCGUCGCCACCAACGCGACGGGAGGCACUCCAAGCAAGAAAAGCAGUUUCGCGAGCCUCAGAGCUGCAAUGAAGAGCGUACGCGCGUUCGCAGAAUCCUCGGAACGCGUCCCUCCCGUCCCGGCGCUCAACUUGCGAGACAAACCCUCCGCUUCGGUAUCUGCUUCUGUUACACGAGAGGGAGAGAACGGCACAUACCCCGAGCUGCGCAAUCCGUUUGCGAAACAGCCGCGUAAUGAUACACCUCGUGCUGGGAGCCCAGCAGCAAGCGUGAAGAGUAAUGUGAAGAAACGACCUACUUUAUCCUCUCGUUCCCGCCCUGGAACAGCACAGAGCCAGCAAAGUCAGCAAAGCGCGAACUCUGGGCAAGGAGGAGAACAAGGGCAGCACGCGAAUCGUCCAAGUGCAGGACUGUCAACAAGCAGUGGUCGUCCUCCUGGGAACUGGGCGUUUACGCACAGUGCUGCCAGUAGCUGGGCAUACGAUUCCGACCCGUCUGAGCCUGUGCCUCCCGUGCCUAAGCUACCACGAUCUGUUGGCAUGCGCGCGACUGGCCUGCAGACUGCGGUCGGGGUGGACGAAGCUGUCGGUUUGGGCGCGGCUGCUGUUGGUGGAGAAGGGGAACCCCGUACACCUGGAGAACUAGCGCUGCACGUCGUGUUCACCCAAUUUGUUGCUAAGGUAGAGGAUAAGAUGCGCAAGAUUUUGGACUUCAGCUUGGAAAAGGACCCUUCAGUCGCCUCCGUUUUCGGCCGGAAAGUCGAUCCCACCCUAGACGCCCUUCUCCUCUCCCUAGCACAUAUCGCAGUACGCAACGCUGGCCCUGUAGUAGAAGCACUCAUGCGCUGGCGAAAGACACAGCGCGAAUCUGUGCCGCUUGAUAUCGUUGAGAAGGCGCUGCAGGCUACCGGAGGGAAGGGGAGCACGGGGGGUGAGGCGCGGGGUAUCCUCAACCAGCGAAAGCAUGUGGCAUCCAUCUAUGUCUUCUCGCGCGCGUUGCUUGUCCUCAUCCAGACAGUGACCAAAGACAGCCUUCCCUCCUCUCUCGCAACUCAACUCGAGCAUACCAUUUUCGCUGAAUAUCGCGAUCUAGACCCUCGCGCGCUCGCCCAGUCUUCGAACUGGAAAUCCAUCGGUUCUCUGUACUCCGAAGUGCUUGGUGCGAUGGCAGAUGCGCACUUUGAGAGCGUGACGGACGAGUUCCUCUCUGCGAUCUCCUCCCUCUCAUCAGACCAAGGAGAAACAGACGCACGUGUCGAGCAUCUCCUUCGUGGACUGAAACACGUGAAGCUCCGUGUCUGGCCGCCAGAGGCGUUCGAGGAAGCUGCCGAGUUCCUAGCUGCCUUCGCGGGCCAGUUUGCGAAUGCCCACGGACAGUCGAUCAAAACUGCGUUCGCGGAGGCACUGACUGGGCUUAUACACCCUGUACGGAAGACUGCAGGCGCGGAGGUCAACCAUCCUCUGUGGUCGAAAGCUGUACAGUCGAUCUAUCCGAGAGCGUUCAGUAUGAUGUCGAAGCCGCGUUACUGGACGUCUGCGCUCCCACUCACGAUAACAAGUCUCUGCGGUGCCCCUACAGACUUCUUCCUCAAGCAUUGGCAGGCAUGUUUCGAUAUAUGCGUGGGGAAGCUGAAGGACAAGGCUGCACGCGUGCUUGCACUCAAUGGUAUCUGCCGCCUCCUGUGGACAUAUCUCUAUAGAGCAGGAGAAUCCAUAUCGACAAGCCUCAAGGUACUCGAAAACUGCAUUCGAGCACUUCACCCACCCAAUCGCCCUAUCCAGCUCACCCCAGACGAGCCACUUCAUUUAUUCGUCUACGUACUCCAGCUCGCCUGUGGCCGGCAUUUCGACUUUGGGAAAGAUCUCAUUUUGGACCACCUCCAGGAUGGGUCCGCUGGCUCCAACGCAGCCUCUGGCGCCCUCCAGUCACCAGAGAAGAUGACGAUUGCACUGCGGGCUGCGGUCCUCGCCCUCCGAGGGAUGGAAAGUGAUACUCCCCCUGCCUGGCCGAUAUCACACGACUUCUCCCUCUGGGUGAUCGGAGAGGAGCUUCCUGCUUGGUCUGGUUCCCUCUCCGACCAGACGCUCGCCAAGCCUGGCGUGCGAGAGUUCGUUGACGGCCUCUCACCCUUGGUCAUGAAGAUCACUUCUAUGUGCGACCGGCUCGUCGGAGGCAUGUUCGUUUCGGAUGACAGUUACUCGUACUCCCACCAGGCGCCGAGUUAUGAGGAACGGGAGUAUCUAGUCGUGAGGCAGAAUGGGUCGAGGAUGGUUGCGUAUCGGAAGGAUUUGGCACCUGCGAUGGAACUGCUUAGAGCGUGCUACGAGGCCCUUCCGACGCUUUGGAACAAAGCCAACAAGUUGUCCUCCACACUCGGAAGACUUGUCGAUGCGGUCGCUCAUGUCAAUCCUCUGCUUGGUCAAACGGCCAUCGACGCGCUGCAGAAAUUUGCCACUGCAACCGGUGAUGAGACGAGCGUCCUUCUCACUAUCACUCGUUGGCUGUUUGCCUCUGAAGCUAUUCUUCAAUCUAGAGCUGCCAUUGACCUUAUGUGCGAGCAUCUACCUCUCCUCGAAGUUUGGUCGAAUAUGAUCAAGAAGUGGGCCGAAAAAGUCGGAGCGUCUGGUGAAACGAACGCUGAGAUUCCGUUUGUCAAGCCGGAGGCAGCCGCCCAGCUCAUAGGACACGUUGAAGCAGGCUGUCUGUUCUUGAUCUGCUCAGCCAAGCUGCAAGCUCGUGAAACGGCUCUGAAUGUCAUGCGCCUCAUCGCCAAUUUGCCCGAUCUGUAUCAACCUGAAUCGCCCGCAUCUACAACGCCGUUCAGAUUAAUGAAUGCACUCGAAGGAAAGAUUGGCGAGGCAGAUUAUCUGGCACAAAGUGAGCGGGCAAUGAACUUAGUCGAUGAGGAGCGAAUCAACAAAUGGCUCGAUCGAGGAUUUGGACGCAAUCUAGUAAAGCUAAUAGAGGACGACGGCACAGAUCGUUUCUUAUGGCGCUUAAUCUUUCCUCCGUUCCUGCGCGUUUUGAUAGAGAAGCGUCCGCACUUCAUCAGCACCUUCCGAUCAACUCUCGCCGCUGCUGUCGCGAGAACGCAUCCAAUCGUCUCCAGCCAUGCUGGUAUCAGCACUAAAGCCGUUUCCGCCACCAUCAGAAGUCCGAUCAACCAAGUCAGUUUCACAGACUCACAGCAAGCUUCGGUGCAGUGGAUAUCAUGGGUUCUGGCCUUAUCUGCUACCGCCAUACCUACGGAUACGCCAUUACCAACUCGUGAACAUGCUAGACAUGGUUCGGAGCCGAUUCCUUUGCAGGACCGAAUCCUCACCAACCGCGGCCUGAUUCGGCUGUUAUUGCCUUAUCUUGAUGCCGAUACCCGGUGCCUACGAGAAGGUACAGUAUAUGCGUUGGGCUGUGUCCAUCCACGCACACUGCGUUCGGUCCUCGAAGACGCAGCAUCUGUGGUCAGAAAUAUUCACAUUGAAGCACACGCGGCAAUCUCGCAGAAACGCGCUAUGCAAAGAAACAGAGAGCAAGACAAGCUCCAUACUUCUGUUAUGCACGUCUUUCAGCUCAGCUCGGAUUGGGCAAAGCAUCCCUUGGCAGAUCGUGAUCAAAUCGUCCAGCUCAUGCUGACCUUCUUCGGCGGAUCUCUAGCUUUCUUUAAGGAUGCUGUAUCGCGGAAAGAUCACGAGCUCUUGUCUUUGCGGAAGCACUUCUGCGGAUUUGUGGAGCAACUUAUGGAUGUGAUGCACUCCGACGGGCUAUGGACCAAGCCCGACGCUGAAGCUCUGCUACGUACCUAUCGCUAUUGUGAAGAAUGGUGCGAUUAUGAUUACCCGGCUCAGCAGUCAGACGCUUUUCUCGUUCGGUCGCUUGCAGAUUCGGCGACCCGAGCUAUUGCUUCUAUCACAUCGCACUCGGUGGUAUUUAGCGUGCGGCCCGUGCUGACCAACAGUCACCAAGGCCCUCAGUCUCUGGAGUACGCUGAUAUUUUCCGUUGGAUCAAGGAGAUGCUGCCCUCCACCUCAUUGACUGCUCGAAAGAGCGCCAAGACUGUCCUCAAAAACAUCUGCGAUCACAGUAUUUCGGAUGAGCGAAUGACUGGAACGCUCAUGGUCUCUUGCUUACCGUCUCGUCGAGAGCCCGCUAUUACGGCAAUUUUUUUCGACAUAAUCUCGGAUCAGAUUCUGGAAGAUUGUACGCUGCUGCCGACAGGCCGCCUAUUAUUCAUCUGCCUGUCAAAUCUUGUUCACCCGGAUGUUGCUUGCCGCAGGAAAUCGCUUUCUUGUCUUGAAACGCUCCUGCAAGUCUCUCAAAAGCCUCCCGCCCUAGCAAACUUCCGUUCAGCGGUAGAGGUUAUCCCCGAAGGCAGUCAAAUCCAAGCACAACGAGCCAUUUCAAGCGCGAUGGCUGCGGUCUUCCCGGAAUUUUCUAUCUCCUUUCUGUCAGAAUGCGCUUCACGAUUCUCACAAGGAUAUACCGAUGACGGCAACUCAAUGCUCAGCAUGCUGGAACCUUGGAUGGGCCACAUCAACCUGGUUGUUCCGGAGAAUGACGAUAAUACGGCGCCUGCCCGUGUUCUGAUCCAUCUGCUCUCUAUCAGCGCAGUGCAUCUGUCGCGCGAUUUUGCGGAUGAAGUUCGCUUUGCAGAUGAAGUUCGUGCCCUCUGGCAACGACUUGCCUGUGGACGGUUUGCCGAUAACUACCGCGCGAUCAUACGCAUGUGCAUCAUACAUACGAUCAGAUGUGGAAGAGAAGACUUCAUACGGAUCGUACAGGCAGGAAUUUCAGCCUUCUCCAUGACCUCAGUCGGCGUUGAUGCAUUUAAUUUUCUGUGCGAUUGGAUAGCAGUACAAACUGUUGCACUGUCCAAACUUGAAGAUCCUAUGGCACCCGCAACGGACGUUGCCUCUGAGCUGGACAACCUCUUUCCGCCUUCCGAGGACACCGUCAAGAUGUCAUCAGGUCAAGCCGCGUGCCUCCUCCUUUCCGACCUCGCCCUGACUGACGCAAGCGAGAUCGCUUCGCGAUUACCCCUGCUUCUAAAUACUCUUCUUAACCUUGUUGAUCACGAGCAAGCCCUGAUUCGCAUCGACGCCCAUAUGCUCCUUUUGCGGAUUUUACGACUAUGUUCUCUUCGAGAAGCCAGAUCACCGUACAAGCAGACACGGCUCUAUGAAAUUGAACAGCUACUUCGCAGUGACAGUGCGCACUUCGCUUGGAUGAACGACAGUAGAAGAUCCCGACCCGACCCACGGGGACUGGUCGCCGCUUUGUGCGAGCAAAUCAUCACGUUGCUGGAUCCUACACUCCCAACCCUACGGCAUGAUUGGCGUGAUCUAGCUCUGGAGUGGAGUGUUGUUACAUCGAGUCGUCAAGUUGCCCUUCGUUCCCUGCAAAUACUAUGCAUCUUACGCCUAGAGCUCAAUUACAACACCCUUGCUAUGCUUUUGGGUCGGCUUUCGAACAUUGUAUCUGACAACACAGAUCAAGGUAACGCCGUCGCGAACGAGAUCAUCCGUGGGCUCGUUUCUCUGUCAUCAGGGGUAUCACUGGAUCAAUUGUUGGAAUAUCCUCAGCUAUUUUGGGCGGGAAUCGCUUGCUCGUACUCGACAUCGAAACACGAAUUCGAAGAGGGUGUAGUGAUAUUGAACAAUCUUUUUGAAGUUCUAGAAAAAGCAAAGGUGGAAAAUCUCUUCACUUGCCUAAAUGCCAGGCCCGAUUUAUGGACAGGACCGAAUCUGACACUGUUCCAACUGCUCUCGCCAGGUCUUCGGUCGUCCUCCACCAGUGAAAUUACGUUCCAGUUGAUUGACCGUUUAUCCGGCAAUCCGAUGUCUCCUUUCUUUGAAGGUGACGACCUUCACCGGAUUAUUGCGGUGUCAAUACCCCGAUUCUUGGAGUCCAUGGAUAACCAAAGCGAUUCUGACGAUUGGAUCAAAUCUUACGCCACAAAAAUAUCUGCUAUCGCGGAACGCGUUGAAUGGCAUGGGAUGGUCCGUGUUCUCUCUUCUUUCGCUAAAAAUCGCUUCCGAAUACGGGAUGACUUUAUUCGACAAAUGAUUGGCUGUCUUCGCGAGCGCAUACCCAGCGGUGGAUGGCUUGAUACAAUCACAUUGCUCCUCGGACUCAUCUUCAAUAGUUCCGAAACAACGCGCGUCAACACUAUGGCUGUCCUGAAGCAGCUUUUCAGCAUGCCCGAUAUACGAGGACAAUUACCUUAUUUUGGCUCAGAACACCUUACCCCCUUGCUGAGAUUGCUGGGUACAGAGUUGGCCUCUCAAGCGCUCGAUGUGCUGGAUGAACCAAUGUCAGUCACAGGCGGCAUGCCUGCACGUCAGGUAGUUCGCAUGAGCCUGAUCAGUGGGCCUUCCUUGCGGCGACAGGAAGAGCGCGCACCAGGUAUCGUUUUCGGUAUACCAGAUGUAUCAGGGUGGUGCGUUGCGCAGCCAGAAACCAUGCGGACAGCAUGUCGCCAGAACAUCACCGCAUUGUACGAAGUCUGCAACAACAAGCGCAUCGAGAUCGCUAGAACGUCUGGCGUCGAUUUGUUUGGUCAAGACUACAUAAGCAACCCCGCUCAGUAUGGCCGACCUGAAUCUGUGUCGGGUUACAACGAUGAUGGUGAAGAUGCAUCAUUUGGGGAACUUGUGUCCACCCUAUACGAUCUCAGCAACUAUUUCGAGGAAGACCUUGACGGCGACGAAACGCUGCCGUCCUCCUCUUCCCUCGAUAGUAUGCGAGAUGCGGAGAGUCGCGUCGCCGCCAUUUUGUCGCGCUCAAUUUAUCCCAGCAGCAGUGAACGGACGCCUACUGGACCUACUAACGGCAAGCCUCCAUAUGGAGGCGAGCUAGCGGAACCUCCCACUCCAUUCAUAGAUCUGUUCAGCAUUGCUUCUCCAAUAGACGUCGGUCCUAGCUUUGGGCAGCAGUACGAGCAAGGAAACGAAGGAUACUUUGCCAACCUUCCUUCAACAGCAUUUUCCCACCAUGCCUCUUCAAGUUGGGAAAGCGAUGCUCCGUCCGAAUCGGACGCUUCCUCCAUAUUUGGUCUAGACGACCGAGAUGAUGAUCAUGUACAAUACUACACGAACCAGUAAUGAUUGGCUUGAUAGAUCGGCAUAUAAUCUAUGUACAAUAGACUAUUUCACUUAGAAUCAUGUAAUGUGU